GAAGGAAAAGAUUUGUGGUCAUAAAAAAAAUUGUUCGCAAUUUUAAAAUUCGGAUAUUUUAGUGUCAAAAGGCAAUCAAAAAAUAAUUUAAAAACUUUUUAAAGAAUGUGUAUAUUAGAGAGAGACAAAAUAAUAAUUGAAAAUGACUUCAGGAAAUAACAUAUGAUAAAAAUUUAUUAAAAUUUGCCAUCAAAGAGAAAUUUUGUUUUUUAAAGUCACAAAAGACGUCUGUAAAGGAUAAAAAGUGAAGGAUAAAGAAAAUUUUAAACGUGAUGCAUAGUGGUAGUGGCAGGUUGGCUGUUAAGCAAAAAUCUGCUGUUUCUGUCUAUGUAGGCAUAGCAACAUUAUUACUAGAAGGUCGUGUAUUAGGGAGCGAGGACGAUGAAGAGAACUUUCUUAAUCAGACACAACAUCAUGCUGUUGUCAAUGAAAUUGAGACUGAAAGGUCUUUGUCACCAUCAACGACACGGCACACUGUCAUGAAUGUCUUGAGCGAAAAAUUGAUGAGGUUGCGUCAAUUCCCUGGAACAAGUAAAGAUGUUGUUGAGACAUCGAUUGUAGUGCCAGUUGUUUCUCGUGACGACUACGAGAGACAACCGAGACUUCAUCAUGUUGCAUCUGCUAGGGAAUUUCAACGAAAUCCUCGUCUUACUUCAAUUCCAGCAUCAUCGACAUCAAAUUCGUCAUCUGCUGCAUCUGUACUGCAUGAUAUUGAUGUCGAUUGGAAUGAUAUAUCUAUCGUGCUGAGCGGACUUGAUACAAUGUUCAAAGUUCCAACAUUUCCAUUGAAGCUCUCGACAAAUCACAACUUUAGAGUUUCGUCUUCUUCAAUGCCAAUUAGUCAAGAGUCAUCAAUGAAAUUGUACAAGAUAAAAGCUCAACAAGAAAAAAUGUUUUAUGCACCAUCAACAUUGAAAAACAGCACAAAGCCAAAAUUAGGUCCACAUUGUGAAAAGUUUUUGAAAAAAAUUGGCUUAAUUAAAAUGGAACCAUCCGAAACGGAAAUCGAACAUAUGUGUGUUCACGUGAACAGCUCUUGUCGUCGUUGGCAAUUUCAUCUGAAAAAACUUUUACAAAUAAUGUCGAGAGCUGAAGAUGCUUGUAUUGAAGUAUAUUUGGGUCCAGAAAAUAAUGCAAUUCUCUUGGAACAAUGGAUUUUGACUAUAACUGAUAAACCUUCACCGUCAACAAUGACUAUUCAGGCAUUGUGUAGUGCUAUUCGAUCACAAUUGUUCUUCUCACAAAUUUCAUCGUGGAUUGAUUUAUUAAAGAAAGCUUUUGUCGAUGGCGAUAUGAGUGUCAAGGAACAAAUGCCAAGCUUAUUUAGUCCAGAAAUCAUGCAAAAUCCACGCUUGAAAAAAAAUUUGCAAACAAUGCAAGUUGAUUUGGACAUUUUGUUCCGUAUUAAAACAUUCGAUGGAACAGCCAAUUUCAAUGAAAAGCCUAUCAUCCACAAUUUCCCGGAUACAAUUGUUUCGGAUGGAAUUGCAGUUCGUGUGUGCCUGAAAAGUUUACCAAGAUUGGAAAAGAUUCCUACAUUAAACACAGAAAAAGCUCAUCUGAAUGGAUUCUCUUGUGACAAUCGCAUAAAAUCUUCACUUAUUGGAAUGGAAUCUCCAACGUCUGGUUCUAGAUCUGGCGUUCAUGAUCGCAUGACAUUUUCAUCAUGUCAUGAAAAAGGCAAACAUCGAUGUAGAAAUGAGUACGAAGAUGAAGAAAUUGUCAAUGAUAAAGGAGUGAUAAAAAGUAGUGAAGAAAAUAAGAAAGAAGUAUUGGAAGUAGAAAGUUCUUCAUCUAUGAACGAUCCAUCAUCUCCACAUGAUUUAUCAACAUCAAAUUCAUCAGUAUCAUCGUCGAGUCUUACACAUCGUGAACGACAAUUAUUAAAAUAUAAGAAACGACUCAUGAAAAGAGAGAAACAAAAAAAGAAGCAACAAGAGAAUGAGCAGCCCCAACAUCAGCCACCAAAUUUUAACGGAAAGGAUAUAAACUAUUCUAAUACAGCUGAUAUAAAUAAUAUGGAAAUUCCACUGUACAACAAUAGUAGUUUCAUUAAUACCAAAAGUAAUGAAAUAUCAAAAGGUAGUGUCGUAAUGGAUGAACUUGAAAAGUCCACUGCCAUCAAUACAAAUUUAACAACUACUACCGAUAAUACUGAUAACAAUAAUAGCAAACAUGCCCUUGCAACAACUCUUUCGAUUGCCACACAAACUGAAUUCAAUGAUUCUACAGCAUUACCGUCAUCCUCAUCAUCAUUACCAGUCACAUCGCCUAUGAUGUAUAAAUGUGAUAGUUGUGGUAAUCAAUUGCAAUGUUUGAACUGUGAUAAAGUCAAAUUAAUUAAUAAUAAUGCUAAUGCAAAUAAUUAUAAUCAAAUGGCGUCACCAUUAUCUACGAAUUUGUCAAGCCACAAUUACUCCUCAUUGUCGACAACACCUAGAUCAAUGAUUAUCAAUCAAGCUGAUUUGCUCUUGCAAGCAAUCCAACGAACAGCUAUUGCUCACAAAAAUGAAUCAAAAGAUGGUGGUUUCGCUUCUCCUAAAAGUGAUAAAAUAAAUGAUAAUAUUUUCUCUAGUUCUAAGAUACAUAAAAAUAAUAAUAAUAGUAUAACUCGCGAUUCGACAACUUUAGAAAUAGCAAGGACCUCUUGUGAUGCUAAUGCGAGUGAAUGUGAUAAAUCCACGAAUUCUUUAUUGCGUAAUAAAAUUGAUAAAAGUUCUAUUAAUAAUAAUAAUGAUUCGGAAUCCUACAAUAAUAAUAUGCAAUUGGAAUCUGAAAUGGAUUGUCGCUUAUGCAAACGCCAAAAAACUAACCAUACACCUUCCAUGAACAUAAGUGGAAGUAAUAAUAAUAACAGCUAUCGACGUACAAUGUCGGAAUGUUUGGUAAGCAUGAGCCCGGAAGAUGAAAAUUGCAUGUAUAAGGCCAAUCAAGGAAUAUAUUCAUCGCCUAUAUCAAUGCAUAAUUGUGAUGACUUGAAUGUUAUGAAUCAUUCAAUCAACAUGAUGUCCGAAGAAGAAUAUAACUUAUCUUAUGGUGAACUCAAAGCCUAUCGUCGCGCAUUCUCUGAAGAUGUCAUAAAUCAAUUACCAAAUGAAUCAAGUUGUUUCGGAAAUGCCAAUGAUAAAAAUGAUGAUGAUUAUGAUGAAUGUAUUACGUUCAAAUGCGACCAUAAUGAUGAUAAAAAUAAAGUUUCUCAAUCGAUUCACAAAUUAACACCAAAUGUUACAUUACAACAGCAGCAGGAUCCUUCGGUAUUGCGUAAUUUUAUCAAUAGUAAUAAUAAGAGUAAUCAGAGUUUUAAUCAGAGAAUACCAAAAAUAAAUCUCAGUCAAAUAUUUGAAAAACUUCAGCCAACACAGCAGAGUCAAUAUAAUGAUUCAGGAAUAGGACACGAUACGUCAGAAUUGAUUGAUUUCUCACCGACAAGUGAUAAUGUAUUUAUAUUUAGUUCACCAGUAAGGAGUUAUCCACCGAAAAUGCAAAUAUCAUCACGUCCCAAUAAUUCAAUGAAUAAACGACGCUCACGACAUUUAUCAGAUCGUUCAUCACUCUCAAUAUCGGAAUAUGCAUCGGAUGAGGAUGAGAUAUCUCCGUCAAUAGAAGACAUCGCUUCAAAAUGCAAUACAUUAGAUAAUAAAAUGCCAUCAAUUCCAUCAACAAAGAUCUCAUCGCUGUACAAAAAGUUUGUCAACAAAACUCAAACGGCAUUUAACAAAUUCUCCAAAUUACCAAUGCUAAGUACAAUAGAGGAAAAUUUACUUCAUAAUCGUUUUCAACCAAAAUCAACCGUUGAGGGCUUUAAGCUAUUACUCUGCGCAAGCGGCAGUUUCUGUCCAACACAAUUGACUAUCCCAGCUCAAACGUAUUUUUAUGAAUUUCAAGGCAUUAAACAUAUGUCGACACCGUAUGUGUGUGAGUUUCGUUUGAAUCGAAAAUAUUCAAUACCAAGAUUUGGCACUGUUCAAGCAACUCUAUUGAACCCUCAAGGAACCGUUGUACGGAUGUUUUUCGUACCUUACGAUUUUCGCGAUAUGCCCUCAAUGUCACAGACAUUUAUAAGGCAACGCGUACUUGCAAUCGAUGAGCAUUGCACAGGUCAAAGGAAUGUAGAACAAAUGAGCACAAGUGAACAAAUGAAGCAUCUGCGAUAUGUCAUUAAUUUGAGAUUUCAAACUGGUCGGAGUAAUCGCCUUUGUUUGCAUACAGAUAUAAAACUUAUAAUUUCACGUCGCACUGAAUUCGAUACGGCAGCAGCUCACGCUAAAAACUCGCUUGAAUCACCAAAUGAUCUAAAAACGAUUAUGAUAACUCCAGACGAUCCAAAAUUCAGUUCCCGAAUUGAUAAGAGUUAAAAUUAAAUGAAAUUUACUAAUAACAUUAAGUAUUUUAAAUGGAAACAAAAAAUUAGAAAAUACUUGGAUUAAUAAUUCUAUAAGAAAAAGUUCUAUUUUGUGAGAUAUAAAAGAGAGAAGAUAAUAAGGAUUAAUGUGGAUAUAAAAAUGGAAAUUUAAAAUUUUAUUCUGAUACCUAUGAUAGCUAAAUGUAUUUUAUAGUAGGAUUUAUGGAAUGUGCAGUAAAAUAAUAACAAAAAUUCAAAUCCCCGAUAAAACGCAUUUUAGGAAUUCCUUUAAAUCAAAAUCAAAAUGAUGAAAUUAUAUUGGAUGGAAGAAAUUUUUUUCUCAGUUUUCAAAACUAAAAUUUAAUAAUAUACAGACGUGAUGGAAAGAAAAUAAAAUUUAUUUAAGCUUGCUCUAGAAGAGACUAUAUACUGUUUUUAAGAAAAAGUUAAAGGCGUAGGAUAUGCAUAUGAAUUACUAUAGUAGUUGAACGUUAUAACACUUUUAUUUAACAUUUUUCACUCAAUUUGCAAAUAAAUUGACAUUUUUUUUUUGAAUGCAAAGUUGAUGAACUCUGCAUCUUGUGCUACAAUUUUGACCAAAAUUUUUGUGUAGCACUUGAGAGUCAAUAGCUCAAAUUGCGGUGUGCAUCACACAGUAGAAAUAUUUUUGCUUUCGUUGUAAUUUAAGAGAUAAAUAUAAUGGAAUUGAGAAAAGUACCGAAAUUUCAUGUUAGUAAGAGUAUAAUAUUAAAAUGCACACGUUUGUAUAAGAUUUCAAGAAAUUGUUCGUCCAUACGACGAAUUUAUUUAUAAUGCUGUAAAUGUCAGCAAUCUGUUCUGUACAUCUUUUUGUUUGGGAAUUUUUGAAAGCAGAAAACUGCUCUAAAUUCCCUUAAUUCUUUUUAUGGUUUUUGGUUCCCAUUUUCAUCACCCAAUAACCUUUAUAGAUGUUUAUAAACGAUGUGAAUUACUGCCAUGCUACAUUUUCUCAGCGACAUGAGGAUAAGAAAAUAAUAAUCAUCUAGUUACAUUUUUAGAGGAAAAAACGAACAGUUUAUGUAGCUAUGAGAAAUUUUAUUGAUGUAGUUUAAAAAGUAGAAAUGGUUCACAUGACGUAGAAUUUACAGUUCUCAAAAAUUUCUUCCCGAAUAAAAAAAUUGUUUUAAUUUCAUCUGCGAUUUUUAAUGUUUUGCUUGUGUUUCAAUUUUGUUUUAUUUCUAAUCAAAUUUAAGUUUUUAAAAAUUGAAAAAAAGAUUUUUGUGCCGAAUAAAAAGCGAAGUAAAUGGAAUAAUUCUUAAUUUUAAGAUUUGUUGAACAUAUACACUUAUUAGUAAUGAUUAAGAAGAAAAACAAUAAUUUUAUCUUAUUAUUCAAUGUAUUCGAUCGGUAGUAGUUGUGGAAUUUGAAAAUA